GGUCUGCACGUCUUGGCUUCUCCCUGUUUCCCCGCCACACCGUCCCCAGUUGCUCCAGCCCACCGAUGCUGACACACAGUCCUCCUCCGGGCGGUGAGCCGGGCUUCAGCACAGGGGCUUGACUGACACAUGCUGCGGUACUCUCCCCUCUGUAUGGCCGUGGAUUAGCUAUAUGCUAAUAUCGACAGGAGAGAGGAGCCAGCGGAGGCUUCCCGAGUCUGAACAGGCUCCUUUGCAGCCAUGGCUGAAGGUGGAGAAGGAGAGGAUGAAAUCCAGUUCCUCAGAACUGAUGAUGAAGUGGUGCUCCAGUGUGUGGCCUGCAUCCAGAAGGAGAAUCGCAAGUUCUGCCUGGCUGCCGAGGGACUGGGCAAUCGGCUGUGCUUCCUGGAGCCCACAUCUGAAGCAAAGUAUGUUCCUCCAGACCUGUGCAUCUGUACCUUUGUGCUGGAACAGUCGCUGUCAGUGCGGGCCCUGCAGGAGAUGUUGGCUAAGAGUGGACAGAACAGUGAAGGGACACGCGGCCCGGAUCGAUGGAGGCCCAUAAGGAAGGCAGCGCAAAGUGGUGGACACAAGACUCUUCUAUAUGGACAUGCCAUCCUCCUGAGGCACUCCUUCAGUUCUAUGUACCUGGCCUGUUUGAAGACAUCAAGGUCGCAGACAGAUAAGCUAUCAUUUGACGUCGGCCUCCAAGAGGAUUCAACAGGUGAGGCCUGCUGGUGGACCAUCCACCCUGCCUCCAAACAGAGAUCUGAAGGAGAGAAGGUGCGCAUUGGAGAUGACCUCAUCCUGGUCAGCGUGUCCUCUGAAAGAUAUCUUCAUUUAUCCAUCUCAAAUGGCAACAUCCAGGUGGAUGCUUCCUUCAUGCAGACUCUGUGGAACGUCCAUCCCAUCUGUUCUGGUAGCAACAUAGAAGAAGGCUAUUUGUUGGGUGGCCAUGUGAUGCGGCUCUUCCAUGGACAUGAUGAGGUAGUGACCAUCCCAGGAUCAGACCAGAGUGAAGAGCAGCAGAGGAUAGUCAACUAUGAGACGGGUAAAGCUGGUGCCAAGGCCAGGUCCUUGUGGAGGCUGGAGCCACUCCGUAUCAGCUGGAGUGGGAGCCACAUCCGCUGGGGCCAGGCCUUCCGACUGCGACACCUGACCACAGGUCACUACUUAGCCCUCACAGAGGACAGGGGCUUGGUGCUGCAGGACCGGGAGAAGUCAGACACCAACUCCACUGCCUUCUGCUUCAGAGCCUCCAAGGAGAAGCUGGAGCAGAGCCCCAAGCGGGACAUCGAGGGGAUGGGGGUGGCGGAGAUUAAAUACGGGGACUCACUCUGCUUCAUCAUGCACGUGGCCACGGGACUCUGGCUCUCCUACCAGGCACCUGAUGUCAAAUCUGCCCGUCUGGGUCCCCUCAAGAGACGAGCGUGCCUUCAUUCUGAAGGUCACAUGGAUGAUGGGCUGACCCUGCAGCGCUGUCAACAUGAAGAAUCCCGCGCUGCACGGAUCAUCCGCAACACCACACUGCUCUUUAAGCGAUUCAUCAGAGACCUGGACUGUCUGGGUGUUAAGAAUAGGGCACUGGUUGCGCUGCCUGUCGAGGAGGUGCUCCAGACCUUGAAUGACCUCAUCACCUAUUUCCAGCUCCCUGAUGCUGAGCUGGAGCAUGAAGAGCGGCAGAUCAAGCUGCGCUCACUUAAGAACCGUCAAAACCUCUUCAAACAGGAAGGAAUGCUCACUCUGGUGUCCAACUGUAUCGACCGUCUGAACGUGUAUAACAGUGCAGCCCACUUCGGAGAGUGUGCCGGGACGGAGGCAGGAGCAGCAUGGAAAGAUAUUCUCAACCUGCUGUAUGAGCUACUGGCUGCAUUAAUCCGAGGGAACAGAAACAACUGCACGCAAUUCUCUAACAAUUUGGACUGGCUGGUUAGCAAGCUGGAAAGACUGGAGUCUUCUUCAGGCAUCCUGGAAGUUCUCCACUGCAUUCUAAUUGAGAGCCCCGAGGCCCUCAACAUCAUCCAGAGAGGACACAUCAAGUCCAUCAUAUCGCUGCUUUACAAGCAUGGACGCAACCACAAGAUUCUGGAUGUGCUCUGCUCUCUUUGUGUGUGCAAUGGUGUAGCUGUGAGAACCAACCAAAACCUUAUCUGUGACCAUUUGUUGCCCAAGAGGGACUUGCUGCUGCAAACCCAGCUUGUCAAUGACGUCCAGAGUAUGAGACCGAACAUCUUCCUUGGGGUGAGCGAGGGUUCAGCUCAGUAUAAGAAAUGGUACUAUGAGCUCAUGAUUGACCAGGUCGACCACUUCGUGACCAGUGAGCCUUCUCACCUAAGGGUGGGCUGGGCUAAUACGAAGGGCUACGCUCCAUACCCUGGAGGAGGAGAAGGCUGGGGGGGCAACGGAGUCGGAGAUGACCUUUAUUCUUUUGGUUUUGAUGGACUCCACCUCUGGUCAGGUCGUAUCCCGCGGGCCGUUGCAUCCAUGAACCAGCACAUCCUGACCUCAGAGGAUGUGGUGAGCUGUUGUCUGGACCUGGGAGCCCCUAGUAUCUCUUUCAGGAUUAAUGGACAACCGGUCCAGGGCAUGUUUGAAAAUUUCAACACAGAUGGACUUUUCUUUCCUGUUGUCAGCUUCUCUGCAGGGGUCAGGGUACGUUUCCUGUUGGGUGGUCGACAUGGGGACUUUAAGUUUCUGCCUCCAUCAGGUUACGCUCCAUGUUAUGAGGCUCUCCUGCCAAAAGAGAAAAUGAAGGUGGAGCCGGUGAAGGAGUAUAAGAGGGAUGUGGAGGGAGUAAGAGACCUGCUGGGUACCACACAGUUCAUGUCACAGGCCUCCUUCAUUCCCACACCUGUGGAAACCAGCCAGGUUGUCAUGCCACUGCAUUUGGAAAAGGUUCGGGACAAGUUGGCUGAGAAUAUUCAUGAACUAUGGGGCAUGAAUAAAAUAGAGCUGGGCUGGUCUUAUGGCAAGAGGAUAAGGGAUGAUAACAAGCGGCAGCAUCCAUGCCUGGUGGAUUUCUCCAAGCUGCCAGAAACAGAAAAGAACUACAAUCUGCAGAUGUCAACAGAAACUCUGAAGACCCUGCUGGCUUUGGGCUGUCGUGUAGUUCAGGUCAAUCCAAAUGCUGAAGACUCCCUCAAAAAGAUCAAACUUCCUAAGAAUUACAUGAUGUCCAAUGGUUAUAAGCCAUCCCCCCUGGAUCUGUCAGAUAUAAAACUGACUCCAGGUCAGGAGCUGCUGGUGGACAGGCUUGCAGAGAAUGCACAUAAUGUGUGGGCCAAGGACCGCAUCAAACAGGGAUGGACGUACGGCAUACAGCAGGAUGUGAAGAGUAAGCGCAACCCUCGCCUGGUUCCUUAUGUUUUGCUGGAUGAGCGAACCAAGAAGUCGAACAGGGACAGCCUGCGGGAGGCAAUCCGAACUCUGAUUGGCUACGGAUACAAUAUUGAGCCCUCAGACCAGGAAGGCGGACAAGUGGUUGAGCGACUCAGCAUUGACAAGAUCCGCUUCUUCAGAGUAGAAAGGACAUACGCGGUGAAAACUGGGAAAUGGUACUUUGAGUUUGAAGCUGUAACAGGAGGUGACAUGAGAGUGGGAUGGGCCAGACCUGGAUGUAAGCCAGAUGUAGAACUUGGCACAGAUGAGCUGGCGUUUGUCUUUGAUGGAUACAGGGGCCACUGUCUGAACAUGGGCAGCCGUUUGUUUGGGCGGUGCUGGCAUGCCGGAGAUGUGGUGGGCUGCAUGAUCAACAUGGAAGACAAAUCCAUGAUCUUCACCCUUAAUGGAGAGAUUCUCAUUACCACUAAGGGCUCUGAACUCUGCUUCACCGACUUUGAAACUGAAGAUGGGUUCAUCCCAGUCUGUAGUCUUGGUCUGUCACAGGUAGGCCGUAUGAACCUGGGGAAAGACGCUAGCACCUUCAAGUACUACACUAUGUGCGGCCUUCAGGAGGGAUUUGAACCCUUUGCCGUCAACAUGAAUCGAGAGGUCACCAUGUGGUUCAGCAAGCGCCUGCCGACUUUUGUCAAUGUGCCUAAAGAUCACAACCACAUUGCAGUUACCAGGAUCGAUGGCACCAUCGACAGUCCUCCAUGUCUUAAAGUUACACACAAGACGUUUGGCACCCAGAACAGUAACGCUGACAUGGUGUUUUGUCGUCUCAGCAUGCCUGUAGAGUUCCACUCCAUCUUUAAGUCCAAUCCUGUUGUAGACAUGAAUGGAAUACACGAUGAAGAGGCUCUUAAAGUCAAACACAGGUAUCCAUUGAGAUCUGUGAGGCACAGUGAAGAAAGCAGACGAGUGGACUACAGCAGCAUCACAACAUAUUACCACUCGGUAAGGGUCUUCGCUGGUCAAGACCCUGCCAGUGUGUGGGUUGGUUGGGUCACCCCGGACUACCAUUACUACAGCAACAACUUCAACCUCAGCAAGAAUCGAACAGUGACUGUAACGCUAGGUGAUGAGCGUGGUCGAGUGCACGAGAGUGUGAGGAGGAGUAACUGCUACAUGGUGUGGGGGGGUGAGGUGACCAGCGCUGCCCACUCCUCUAGUCGCACCAAUGUGGAUCUGGAAAUCGGAUGCCUCAUAGACCUGGCUACUGGCCUGGUGACAUUCACUGUUAAUGGAAAGGACAUAUCUACAUCGUACCAGGUGGAACCAAACACAAAGCUUUUCCCUGCUGUGUUUGUGCGACCCACCAGCCCUAACCUCUUCCAGUUUGAGCUUGCUAAAAUCAAGAAUGCUAUGCCGCUGUCGUCGGCCAUCUUUAAGAGUGAACAUAAGAACCCAGUGCCUCAGUGUCCGCCGCGUUUAGACGUUCAGACAAUUAAUGCCGUGCUGUGGAGCCGUAUGCCCAACAUAUUCCUUAAGGUGGAAACGGCCAGGGUUAAUGAGAGGCAUGGCUGGGUGGUCCAGUGUAUGGAGCCCCUUCAGAUGUUGGCUGUGCACAUACCUGAGGAGAACAGGUGUGUUGAUAUCAUGGAGUUGUCAGAGCAGGAGGACAUGAGGAAGUUCCACUACCACACGUUGAAACUCUACUGUGCACUGUGUGCUCUGGGAAACACACGUGUGGCCCACGUCCUCUGCAGCCACCUUGACCAGUCACAGCUCUUGUACACCAUUGACAACCAGUAUUUGUCAGGCAUGCUACGUGAGGGCUUCUACAAUGUCCUGAUCAGCAUCCAUUUGGAGACAGCCAAAGGCGCACGACUCAUGAUGAAAGAUGAGUUUAUCAUUCCUGUCACGGCUGAGACACGCUCCAUCCGCCUCUUUUCUGACGCUUCAAAAAAACACCUCCCACCUGGGGUCGGACUUAGCACGUCACUCAAACCCCGCCUCAACUUUGCUCCUCCCUGUUUUAUCACCAACAAACGGGAACAGCAUCUGUACAGCCCCCAAAUCCCACUUGAUGCGUUAAAGGAGAAAGCAAUUUUGAUGUUGACGGAGGCUGUACAAGGUGGCGGGCACCACAUCCGAGAUCCAGUCGGAGGAUGUGUAGAGUACCAAUUUGUGCCGAUCUUAAAGCUCAUCAGCACUUUGCUGACAAUGGGAGUUUUAGGUAGUGAGGAUGUUCAUAAAAUUCUGCUGCUCAUUGAUCCGAAUGUGUUCAGAGAGACACGGGAGGAAGGAUCUGCCGUGGCCACAGAGAAGGAAGGACUUAAAGGAGCAGAGGAAAAGGCAGUUGAAGCCGGAGAAGAGGAGGCCGCCAAAGAGGCUAAACAGCCAAUGAAAGGACUCCUAGAGAAGAGGCUUCCUGAGCCCGUCAAACGACAGAUGUGUGAGUUACUUCAUUAUUUCUGUGACUGCGAGUUGAAGCACCGCAUCGAGGCCAUUGUGUCGUUUUCUGACAACUUCGUCUCCAAACUGCAAUACAACCAGAAGUUUCGCUACAAUGAGCUGAUGCUGGCCCUCAACAUGUCUGCUGCUGUGACUGCAAAAAAGACCAAAGAGUUCCGCUCCCCUCCUCAAGAGCAGAUCAACAUGCUGCUAACCUUCAGUACGGGUGAAGACUGUCCAUGUCCAACAGACAUCCAGGGGGAACUUUAUGAUUUUCAUGGCCAGCUGCAACUCCACUGUGGAAUCCCUAUGGAGGAAGAUGAAGAUGAACAAGCUACUUCUAUUAAAGGUCGCCUCCUAAUGCUGGUGAACAAGAUCAAAGGCCAGGCUCAUAAAAUAGAAGAGCCCACAGAGAAGGAGCAAGCUGCCCCAUCUAAUCUGAAGGAGCUCAUCUCCCAGACCAUGGUGAGCUGGGCCCAGGAGUGUCACAUCCAGGACCCGGAACUGGUUCGCAAGAUGUUCAGUCUGCUGAGGAGACAGUACGACAGCGUUGGAGAACUUCUACGGGCCAUGAGGAAGACUUACACCAUCAGCGCUGCUUCUGUCCAGGAUACUAUCAACCUCUUGGCCUCCCUCGGUCAGAUCAGGUCUCUGCUCUCAGUUCGUAUGGGAAAAGAGGAGGAGAAGCUUAUGAUUGAUGGACUUGGUGACAUCAUGAAUAACAAGGUGUUCUACCAGCACCCUAACCUAAUGAGAAUAUUGGGCAUGCAUGAGACCGUCAUGGAGGUCAUGGUGAAUGUACUCGGAGGAGACAAAUCCCAGGAAAUCGCCUUUCCCAAGAUGGUUGCUAGCUGUUGUCGCUUCCUGUGCUACUUCUGUCGAAUCAGCCGUCAGAACCAGAAAGCCAUGUUCGACCACCUUAGCUAUCUACUGGAGAAUAGUAGCGUGGGCUUAGCUUCACCUGCAAUGAGGGGUUCAACUCCUCUAGACGUGGCUGCGUCCUCUGUGAUGGACAACAACGGCCUGGCUCUGGCACUGGAAGAACCGGAUCUGGACAAAGUGGUCACCUACUUGGCAGGCUGUGGCCUCCAGAGUUGUCCAAUGCUUCUGGCUAAAGGUUAUCCUGACAUUGGUUGGAAUCCCAUCGAGGGAGAGCGCUACCUCUCCUUCUUGCGUUUCGCUGUCUUUGUCAAUGGUGAAAGUGUGGAGGAGAACUCCAGCGUUGUGGUGAAGCUGCUCAUCCGACGUCCAGAGUGUUUCGGACCUGCCCUGAGGGGAGAGGGAGGGAAUGGUCUUCUGGCUGCUAUGAAAGAAGCGAUCAAGAUCUCGGAGACGCCUGCUUUGGACCUGCCGGGCUCUGUCCAUGGAGUCAGCUCUGACGCGUCUGCUGAUGGUGAUGAUGAGGAGGAGGUGGUACACAUGGGCAACGCUAUCAUGUCCUUUUACUCUGCACUGAUUGACCUGCUGGGACGUUGUGCACCAGAGAUGCAUCUCAUCAACAAAGGGAAGGGUGAAGCCCUGCGUAUCCGUGCCAUUCUGCGCUCUCUAGUCCCUACUGAGGACCUUGUGGGAAUUAUCAGUAUACCACUCAAAAUGCCUAUCACCAACAAAGAUGGUUCUGUGACAGAGCCCGACAUGUCAGCCAGCUUUUGUCCAGACCACAAAGCCCCUAUGGUGCUCUUUUUGGACAGAGUCUAUGGCAUUGAAGACCAGAGCUUCCUCCUUCAUCUACUUGAAGUGGGUUUUCUUCCUGACCUGAGGGCUGCUACAUCUCUAGAUACGGAGGGUUUGUGCACCACUGAAACAGCCCUGGCCAUGAACCGCUACAUCGGCUCGGCCUUGCUGCCCCUCCUCACUCGCUGCGCACCACUCUUUGCUGGCACCGAACACUACGCUACCCUCAUCGACUCCACUCUGCACACCAUCUACCGCCUCUCCAAGGGCCGAUCGCUCACCAAGGCCCAGAGAGACGCCAUACAGGAGUGUCUUCUGGCUGUCUGCAAGCAUCUGCGUCCCUCUAUGCUGCAGCAGCUCCUGCGAAAACUUGUCUUUGAUGUGCCCUUGCUGACUGAUUACUGCAAGAUGCCUCUCAGGCUGUUAACCAACCACUACGAGCAGAAUUGGAAAUACUACUGCCUCCCGUCAGGCUGGGGCAGCUACGGCACAGCUUCUGAAGAUGAACUUCUGCUCACCAAGAAGAUCUUCUGGGGUGUGUUUGAUUCGCUAUCCCAGAGGAAAUAUGACCCGGAGCUGUUCAAGAUGGCCAUGCCUUGCCUCAGUGCCAUAGCUGGAGCUUUGCCACCGGACUACGUUGAUGCCUCUAUUAGUACCACUGUGGAAAAGCCUGUUUCUAUAGAUGCUCAGGGCAACUUUGACCCCAAACCCAUCAAUACUGCUAACAUUGCUCUUCCAGAGAAGCUGGAACACUUUGUCAACAAAUAUGCAGAACAUUCCCAUGAGAAGUGGUCUGCAGAGAAGGUGUUACUUGGGUGGAAAUAUGGAGACUGUGUGGAUGAAAAAGCCAAGAUUCAUCCUCAGCUCAGGACCUACAAAGCCCUAACAGAGAAGGAAAAGGAGAUUUACAGAUGGCCAAUUAGAGAGUCCCUGAAGAGCAUGCUGGCUAUGGGCUGGUGUAUUGACAGGACAAAGGAUGGAGAGAGUAUGUCCCAGCAGAGGGAGACGGAGAAAAUGCGGAAGAUCUCUCAGGUCUCCCAGGCAAAUGGUUUCAAUCCGAGUCCGAUUGACACAAGCAAUGUGGUUCUCUCCAGAGAAUUGCAGGGGAUGGUGGAGGUGGUGGCAGAAAAUUACCAUAACAUCUGGGCUAAGAAGAAGAAGAGUGACCUUGGAAGCAGAGGUGGGGGGACACACCCGCUCUUGGUGCCCUACGACACACUGACAGCCAAGGAGAAGGCUCGUGAUCGAGAGAAGGCCCAGGACCUGUUUCGCUUCCUGCAGAUCAAUGGUUACAGCAUCACAAGAGGUUUGAAAGAUUUAGAACAGGAUUCCUCCUCAAUGGAGAAGAGGUUUGCUUAUAAAUUCCUCAAGAAGCUGCUCAAGUAUGUCGACUCAGCUCAGGAGUUCAUCUCCCACCUGGAGGCCAUGGCCGCCAGUGGAAAAACAGACCGCUCACCUCAUGAACAAGAAAUCAAGUUUUUUGCCAAAGUUCUUCUCCCUCUCAUCGACCAGUACUUCAAGAACCACUCUCUUUAUUUCCUCUCUUCACCAAAUAAGAACCUGAGCAGCAGUGGUUACGCCUCCAACAAGGAGAAGGAGAUGGUCACCAGCCUGUUUUGUAAACUGGCAGCUCUUGUCAGACAUAGGAUUUCACUCUUUGGGAGCGACUCCACCACCAUGGUGAGCUGUCUGCAUAUCCUGGCACACACCUUGGACACCAGGACGGUGAUGAAGUCUGGCUCAGAGCUGGUGAGGGUGGGGCUGAGGACAUUCUUUGAGAACGCUGCAGAGGACCUGGAGAAGACGUUUGAGAACCUGAAACUGGGGAAGUUCACUCACUCUCGCUCCCAGAUGAAAGGCGUGUCACAGAAUAUCAACUAUACCACUGUAGCGCUGCUUCCCAUCUUAACUGCUCUGUUUGAACACAUCACUCAGCAUCACUUUGGAGUCGACCUGCUCUUGGAUGAUGUCCAAGUGUCCUGCUACCGAAUCCUCACCAGCCUCUAUGCUCUGGGUACUGGGAAAAACAUCUAUGUAGAAAGACAGCUGCCAGCCCUUGGCCAGUGCCUGGCCACCCUGGCUGGGGCCAUGCCGGUGGCGUUCCUCGAGCCCAUGCUCAACAUGUACAACCCCUGCUCUGUCUUCAAUACCAAGAGUGCCAGAGACCGAGCUAUCCUUGGAAUUCCAGACUCAGUUGAGAAUGUGUGCCCUGGGAUGCCACGGCUGGACGGUCUAAUGAAGGACAUCAAUGACAUGGCGGAGUCAGGAGCGCGGUACACAGAGAUGCCACAUGUGAUUGAGGUGGUCCUACCAAUGCUGUGCAACUAUCUGUCUUACUGGUGGGAACGGGGGCCUGAGAACCAGCCAGCCAGCGGCGGGAGCAUCUGCUGCACCACCGUUACCUCAGAGCAUCUCAGCCUGAUUCUGGGCAACAUCCUGAAGAUCCUGAACAACAACCUGGGCAUUGACGAAGCCUCAUGGAUGAAGAGAAUUGCAGUAUAUGUGCAGCCCAUCAUCAGUAAAGCACGUGCAGACCUGCUGAAGAGUCACUUCCUGCCCACACUAGAGAAGUUAAAGAAGAAGACAGUGAAGGUGGUGGCUGAGGAGGAGCUGCUCAAGGCAGACUGUAAAGGAGAUACUCAGGAGGCUGAGCUGCUCAUUCUGGAUGAGUUUGCGGUUCUUUGUAGGGAUCUAUACGCAUUUUACCCUAUGCUCAUCCGCUACGUGGAUAACAACAGGUCCAGGUGGCUGAAAGAACCAGAUGCUGACUCCAACGAGCUUUUCAGAAUGGUAGCAGAGAUAUUCAUUCUUUGGUGCAAGUCACAUAAUUUCAAAAGAGAAGAGCAGAACUUUGUGGUCCAGAAUGAAAUCAACAAUCUUUCCUUUUUAACUGGAGAUAAUAAAACCAAAAUGUCUAAGUCCUUUAAGGAAAAGUCUGGAGGACAAGACCAAGAGAGAAAGCACAAGAAGAGGCGUGGAGAGUUCUACUCUAUUCAGACCUCACUCAUCGUAGCUGCUCUGAAGAAGAUGCUGCCUAUUGGUCUCAACAUGUGCACCCCAGGAGACCAGGAGCUCAUCUCUCUAGCAAAGACUCGUUACCUCCUGAGAGACACAGAUGAUGAGGUCAAAGAUCAUAUUCAUCAGAAUCUACACCUUCGAGUAAAGUCCGAGGACCCAGCGGUGAGGUGGCAGCUAAAUCUCUACAAGGAUAUAAUAAUGAGGAGUGAGGGGCCUCCGGAUCCUGAGAGGGUGGUGGACCGUAUCCAGAGGAUUUCUGCUGCUGUUUUUAACCUGGAGCAGGUGGAGCAGCCACUCAGGUCCAAAAAAUGCGUGUGGCAGAAGUUGCUAUCCAAGCAGAGGAAGCGAGCAGUUGUUGCGUGUUUCCGCAUGGCUCCACUUUAUAAUCUGCCCAGGCAUCGCUCUAUUAACCUCUUCCUCCUGGCCUAUCAGAGAAUAUGGAUAGAGACAGAAGAGUACUCUUUUGAGGAGAAGCUAGUGCAGGACCUUGCAAAAACACAGCCCAAAGUGGAAGAGGAAGAAGAAGAGGAGGUCAGGAAGCAGCCAGACCCUCUUCAUCAACUCAUUUUGCAUUUUAGCCACAAUGCUCUGACUGAAUGCAGUUCCUUGGAAGAGGAUCCUUUGUAUAUUGCAUAUGCGGAUAUGAUGGCAAAGAGUUGUGCCGAAGGUGAAGAAGAAGAAGAAGAUGAGGAAGGCAAAGAAAAAACAUUUGAGGAAAAGGAAAUGGAGAAACAAAAGAUGCUGUACCAGCAAGGCAGACUCCAUGAGCGUGGGGCUGCAGAGAUGGUGCUCCAAAUGAUCAGUGCCAGCAAAGGUCGUCUUGCUGCUAUGGUGACCUUCACUCUCAAACUGGGCAUUUCUAUCCUGAAUGGAGGAAACAUACUGGUCCAGCAGAAAAUGUUGGAUUAUCUGAAGGAAAAAAGGGAUGUUGGAUUUUUCAAAAGUUUAUCUGGGCUAAUGAUGUCAUGCAGUGUCCUGGACUUGAAUGCUUUUGAAAGGCAAAAUAAGGCAGAGGGUCUGGGGAUGGUAACUGAAGAAGGAUCAAUCAACGUGAGUGAGCGGGGUUCCAAGGUACUGCAGAACGAUGAGUUCACGAAGGAUCUCUUUAGGUUUCUGCAGCUUCUCUGUGAGGGCCAUAACAAUGAUUUUCAGAAUUUCCUGAGGACUCAGACAGGGAACACGACUACAGUCAACAUCAUCAUCAGUACAGUAGACUACUUACUAAGACUACAGGAAUCUAUCAGUGAUUUCUACUGGUACUACUCUGGUAAAGAUGUCAUUGAUGAGGCGGGUCAAAGAAACUUCUCCAAAGCUCUGUCAGUGGCUAAACAAGUGUUCAACUCUUUAACUGAGUAUAUCCAGGGUCCAUGUAUUGGGAACCAGCAGAGUUUGGCUCACAGCAGGCUUUGGGAUGCUGUGGUGGGCUUCCUACAUGUUUUUGCCAACAUGCAGAUGAAGUUAUCCCAGGACUCAAGUCAAAUUGAAUUAUUAAAGGAACUGCUGGAUCUGCAGAAGGACAUGAUCGUCAUGAUGCUGUCACUUCUUGAAGGAAAUGUUGUAAAUGGUACCAUUGGUAAACAAAUGGUGGAUACUUUGGUAGAAUCUUCUAGCAAUGUGGAGAUGAUCCUUAAAUUUUUUGAUAUGUUCCUCAAGUUGAAGGACUUGACCUCCUCAGACAGCUUUAAGGAGUGUGACCCUGAGAGCAAGGGCGUCAUCUCAAAGAAGGACUUCCAGAAGUCAAUGGAGAACCAGAAACAGUAUUCACAAUCUGAGAUUGAGUUCCUUCUUUCCUGUGCUGAGGCUGACGAGAAUGACAUGUUCAAUUAUGAGCAGUUUGUGGAGAGAUUCCAUGAACCGGCCAAAGACAUUGGCUUCAACAUGGCUGUGUUGUUAACUAAUCUCUCAGAGCAUAUGCCUCAUGAUGCUCGCCUUUCCACGUUUCUGGAUCUGGCUGAGAGUGUUCUCAGCUAUUUUGAGCCUUUUUUGGGUCGCAUUGAGAUAAUGGGUGGAGCUAAGCGCAUUGAAAGAGUCUACUUUGAAAUCACUGAGUCGAGUCGUACCCAGUGGGAAAAGCCUCAGGUCAAGGAGUCAAAGCGGCAGUUUAUCUUUGAUGUAGUCAAUGAAGGUGGAGAGAGUGAGAAGAUGGAACUCUUUGUUAAUUUUUGUGAGGACACCAUUUUUGAGAUGCAGCUAGCAUCUCAAAUUUCAGAACCAGACCCAGUGGAGCGUCCAGAGGAAGAUGAAGACGACAGUCAGAGUGUGGCAGAGAACCAGGAGGAGGAAGAGGAGGAGAGUGUGAUGCUGGAGUCUUCGUCUGCCUUCACAGUGGCCUGUAUCUCCAUGAGAAAGAGUCUCUGUCAUUUCCGCCAGUUGCUCACUCUUAAGAGCAUGAGGCGUCAGUACAGAAAGUUCAGGAAGAUGAGCAUUCGGGAGAUGGUGCGCAGCUUCUUCGCUUUCUUCUGGAUGAUCAUCACUGGUCUCUUCUACUUCAUCUAUAGUCUAAUUUGGGGUUUCUUUCACAUUUUGUGGACUACUAUGUUUGGGGGUGGCCUCGUUGAAGGGGCCAAGAAUAUGAAGGUGACUGAUAUUUUGGGAAACAUGCCAGACCCCACUCAGUUUGGGAUCCAUGGAGAUGUGUUAGAGACGGAGAAGAUGGAGGCGAACGAAGCGUCGGUACUGGCAGAGAUGGGUCAGAUGGCUCAGGGGGACGCAGCAGAAGCAGACCUAAUGGCUGAGCUGCUCAACAUUCAGCCCAAAAAGGAGGGCAAGCACGGUGCAGAGCCGGGUUUGGGGGAUGUGUCUGAGGUGGUGGUGGGAGACGCUCCAUCCAUAGCCAGUGCUGUCAAGCAAAAGAAAGCAGAGAUGGCUGCAAAGAAGAGAGCUGCAAAUGGAGACUACAAAUCUGACUCAGAGAAAGGAGAUUCAGAAGAUGGCGAGAAGAAGGACCAUGACAAGGGCAAAGACGAAUCCCCUCCACAGCUCUCAGUGGAGGAGAAAAAAGCCCCAAAGAAGAGGCUCGGUCAGAAAAAGGAACCACCAGAGGCCUUCAUGGCCAGCUUCUUUGCUGGUUUGGAGAUCUACCAGACCAAGAUGCUGAACUACCUGGCCAGAAACUUCUACAACCUCCGUUUCUUGGCUCUUUUUGUUGCCUUUGCCAUCAACUUCAUUCUUCUCUUCUACAAAGUGACUGGUGAUUACUCAGAUGAUGAAGACCCCUGGAACGGUCGGGGUAGAAGUGGGGAGGAGGAAGACGAAGGAGCUCUGGAGUACUUUGUUCUGCAGGAGAGCACAGGCUACAUGGCACCAACUCUCCGCUGUCUGGCAAUACUACAUACCAUCAUAUCUUUUCUUUGUGUAGUGGGAUAUUACUACUUGAAGGUGCCGCUAGUAGUGUUCAAACGGGAGAAGGAGAUAGCCAGGAAGUUGGAGUUCGCAGGCCUAUAUAUCACAGAGCAGCCGUCAGACGAUGACAUUAAAGGACAGUGGGACAGACUGGUGAUCAAUACACCUUCUUUUCCCAACAACUACUGGGAUAAAUUCGUCAAACGCAAAGUGAUCAAAAAAUAUGGUGACUUAUACGGAGCAGAGAGGAUUGCAGAGCUGCUGGGGUUGGAUAAGAGUGCCCUUGAUUUUAACCCUACAGAGGAAACUGUGGCCAAGGAGGCUUCACUGGUGUCAUGGUUGAGUUCAAUUGAUACAAAGUACCAUGUCUGGAAAAUGGGUGUGGUGUUUACAGACAAUUCAUUCCUAUAUCUGGUAUGGUACACCACCAUGUCCAUUCUGGGCCACUACAACAACUUCUUCUUUGCUGCUCAUCUGCUGGACAUCGCUAUGGGCUUCAAGACACUGCGCACUAUCCUGUCCUCGGUCACACAUAACGGCAAACAGCUGGUGUUGACGGUGGGUCUGCUGGCAGUGGUGGUCUAUCUUUACACUGUGGUGGCCUUUAACUUCUUCAGGAAGUUCUACAACAAAAGUGAAGAUGAGGAUGAGCCAGACAUGAAAUGUGAUGACAUGAUGACGUGCUACCUAUUUCACAUGUACGUUGGGGUGAGAGCAGGAGGGGGCAUCGGUGAUGAGAUUGAGGACCCAGCUGGAGACCCCUAUGAGCUCUACCGCAUCCUUUUUGACAUCACCUUCUUCUUCUUCGUCAUCGUCAUCCUCCUGGCCAUCAUCCAGGGUCUGAUCAUUGAUGCCUUUGGAGAGCUGAGAGACCAGCAGGAACAAGUGAAGGAGGACAUGGAGACUAAAUGCUUCAUUUGUGGGAUUGGUAACGACUACUUCGACACAACACCUCAUGGUUUUGAGACUCACACUUUACAAGAGCACAAUUUGGCCAACUACCUGUUUUUCCUGAUGUACCUUAUCAACAAGGACGAGACAGAGCACACUGGCCAGGAGUCAUACGUGUGGAAGAUGUACCAGGAGCGCUGCUGGGAUUUCUUCCCUGCUGGUGAUUGCUUCCGCAAACAAUAUGAAGAUCAGCUUGGAUAGAGCACUUGCAUCAUCCUUAUCUCUGUCCAUAUAUGUGGGCUGCUGAAUUAUGUAGUCCCACAUUCAGCCUCUGGACUACAGCACACAGUCAUCCUACCAGAAUGCUUUGGACUAGCUUUACUAGAGACAAGGCAAAACUACUUUUCAAUGAAAAAAAU